AUGUUUACCCUCCUUUCAAUGGUAAUUCACCGAAGCUGUCGAAGUAAUAAAAUUAAAUGAUGUUAACUUGUCAAUAACUGUCUAAUAAGUUGUAUUAUAUUUUGCUGGGGUUAGCUGCUUUUGCGACCAAAACUUUCAAACUUGCGACAAAGAUUUUAAGAAUAACUGGUCCUUGUAAAUUGCCACAAAAAAUUUACUUACAUUUUUGUUUUAGUUAUUUCUCUUUAAAACUGCCAGAAACAUAAUUAUAUUGUAAAUCUAGCUAUAUUCGACUAAAAUUGAAUGAAGCCUGUGUAGCUGGCGGUAUUGGUAUUGUCUUGGUGCACAAUUUAAGUUUUGUGGCAGAACCAUGACUCAAAAAAGGAAGUGGGGACGAGGAGUUUGAAAUACCGCCUUCCAGAAAACCCCAGUAUUUUGAAUAGUCCGCACACCAAGGUGGGAAGAAAACAGACUGGUUGAGGGCCAUAUGUCAAUCAUGUUAGAUGAUCCUUGGCAUAUUCCCAAGGGAGCAGAUGGCGAACUCUUGGGGAAAAUAAUGGCAGACUCAGCUGCAUUAAGUACAGAUAAAGCUCUAGAACGUCUUUAUGUGAGCAGAGAGAAGCAGAAAAUUAUUCUUAAGAGGGAGCAGGAAACAGCUAUGAAGAAGCUGCUUGCUGGACACGAUGUUAUGGUAAUUUUGCCAACAGGGUUCGGCAAAAGCUUAAUAUUCACCAGAAAAGACGUGUGUGAUUGUGGUUUCCCCUUUAAAGAGCAUAAUUGAUGACCAAAUUGCCAAAAUGGCAUCUUUAAACUUCACAGCACUGGAAUUGUCCGGCGAAAAUUUGACACCCAUUUUGCGUGAUCCGCCACAAUUCCUAUACUGUACAGCAGAAAAGGCCCUCCAAACACCAUUUCUUGGUGAACUGAAGAACAAACAGUAUUACAUCUAUAUAUAA